AAAACUAAUUGCUACAAUAAUUAUUUUUCUAUUUAUUUAAAUGUUUUUAAUUUUCGAAUUUCUCUGUUAUCAUUUUUUUUUUCUCUUUCUUUUUUUGUGCUUUCCGAGUCUUCUGUGCUCGGACAGGAGAAGAAAUCCGGUCAGCGGAUUUUCUCACUGGCAAUUUUUUCUCGGGAAACAAACAGCAUCUGAUUUGUUUUAUCCGAUUUUUUUGGUGUUCACUGGAGUGAAAUCAAGGGAAAGUUGUUAGGUACGUUCGAGUUCUGCAAAUGUGACAAGUUUGAGGCACAGAAGUUUCUGUUAGACCGUGAAGAGAGCUUCUAGUUUUCUGGCACUCGCAGUUACAGCCUUACAGAUGCUGGUACGCGUAUCGCAGUGAUUUUUGGGCUGUGAAAAAAAAGAUUUUAAUGCAUUCAUGGAACCAAGAGAAGGUAUUAAUUCAGGAGUUACUGUAAUAGGAGCAGAAGCCCCAUCAACGUAUCACGUGGCACAGAGGACUGAAAACGUCAGCCAAAUUUCUGGGCCACCGGAAGUGUCUGCAUCACCGGUUUGUGUAGGAUUGGCUGGAAUACCAGGGAAAAAGAAGAGAGGGAGACCUAGGAAAUAUGGACCGGAUGGGACUCCAGUUGCAGCAUUGUCACCAACUCCAAUUUCAUCUUCAGCUCCCCCUGGUGGUGAGUUCUCUGCUGGGAUGCGGAGUAAAGCAUGGUCGGGGAAUUUGGAGAAAAAGCAGAAGAGAAUGGGAAUGGAGAAUUCUGAUGAUUGGGCUGCAUGUUCUUCUGGUGCGAAUUUUACCGCUCAUGUCAUAAUCGUGAAUAGUGGCGAGGAUGUUUUGAUGAAGAUUAUGUCAUUUUCCCAACAAGGCCCUCGAUCGAUCUGCAUUCUGUCUGCUAAUGGAUUGGUAUCAAAUGUUACUCUUCGGCAACCUGAUGCCUCUGGUGGUACUUUGACGUAUGAGGGUCGCUUUGAAAUUCUUUCUUUGUCUGGAUCAUUUAUGCCCACUCAAAUUCAUGGAUCAAGAAGCAAAUAUGGGGGUGUGAGUGUCACAUUGGCAAGCCCUAAUGGCCAGGUUGUUGGGGGUGGUGUAGCUGGAGUGUUGGUAGCUGCAAGUUCUGUGCAGGUUGUUAUAGGCAGUUUCCUACCAAGCAGCUAUCCAGAGCCAAAAUUAAAGAAACAAGCUCCUAGUCCUGCUACUCCAUCAACUACUGUAUCUGCUUCUGUACCUGAUCCCAAUGGGGGAAAAGAAGGGCCCCAAAUUAAUAGCGCCACAAGACCAGGCGGUUCUUCUUCGGUUCCUCUCUUUAGAGAGCCCUCGGCCACUGACAUCAACAAAACAUUGGCUGGUCCUAAACCCUAGCUGAGCAUCUAAAAAAUAUCCGCUCACUGACUUGGUCGAUUACCGAUUGUGGUAGUCUGUCUACACAGAUCAUUCCCCUCUGUUCCUGUUUUACUUGUGUUAACUUGUUGAAUGUUGUUGUAGGAUGUAGUUUGAACUUCUGCUUCUCAUCUCCCUCUUAGGAAUAAUUAGAAAACUCUAUUUAUUAGGUUUUUAGUAACUUUCUCUUUGUAAUCUGGGUUCAGAAUCUGGUAUUAAUAAGACUAAUUUAAUUAUUUGUGAGUC